AUGACAAACUCUCUUGCCAUCUUGCAUUGUGGCAUGACCACUGUCAUGAAAGAUGUUGUUGAUAUCAAAGUAAAAACUUCAAACACUUCUGUAUCUGCUGUUUUGCAGAGUCAGCCUAUGGCUUUCAUGCAUGUUGUUGCUCCUGUGAGCAUGGAAAUAAAUGUAGCUGGUUCUCCCACCAUAGCUUCUAAUGCAAAAUCAGUCAACAAAACAAAAGUCUAUUCUACUAGUAUUGCUGCAAUUUCUGAAGAGAUGCCUAAGAAAGCUCAUAGAGCUGAAUCGUUCAGUUCAGCCAAUUUGUCUACUUCUGUCAGCUCAAAUGCCUUUGUUGCUCUUCAAAGUAGCUCGUCAAUCAAUAUGUCUGAGUUUGAGCUUGCACUUAAGGCUUUGCCAAUGAAAGUACGUGUCAGAACUGCCACAAUUUACAGAAUGCCCUUAGAACUUUGGAAGUAUCCAUACACUGUUGGGCCCACUGAAUUUGUUAUUAUCUUCUUCAAAGAAUUUGUUUUCAAGCGAACAUAUAUGAAAAUUGCUGAGAAUGCUCCUUCUAACAAGAACGGUAGUCAGAAAGUUAUUGAAGCUCCUUUAGAAGCUGGAUGGCCAUCUCCCAAGAAGACUAAAGAAGUAAUAGAAUUGAUCAAGAAGUAUGAACACAACCUUGUUUACGACCAAGUACAAACAAACGUAGAUAGAGCAGCCCAUUUUGUGAUUCGGAACUCUUAUAAGUCUGGCAAACUUAUAAGAAUCCUCAAGAGCCUUUGGACUUCUGACAGCAAAUCAGGCUUGCAUGAGAUGUUUUCUAUCUCUUUUUGCCACCAUAUGCUACUUAGGAAUCAAGAUUGGAGAAAUUUAAACUUUGUGGAUUGCUUUUGCACAAUCAUUCCAAAGAAACAGCACAAAGGAAUGCAACAGGCUCUUGCUUUGGUUUUUAGUCUAGACAAGGGCAAGUCUCUAAAGGAAGGAGAAGUCAAAUUUGCAUGUGUCAUGCGUCAUGAAAACAUAUUCAGAUAUCCUUUUGGUGCAUUUGCCUUUUUUAUGUUCAGUUUGCUUCAAACCAGUGGUGACUUCUUGAACAAAAACAGAUGGCAGAACUGGAAGGUAUUGCGUAGACGUACCAGCCCUGAGAAGAGUUUAACUGGCACAUCUCAAUGGAAAACUGCAAAAAAGACAUUUGCAGAUGAUGAGAUAUACACCACAUGA